CAAAUGAUUACCAGAGUUCAUUCCACGUGAGACCUGUCAGUGCAAAUCCUCGUGCUCGCACUGAACGAAAAGAAGGCACUCGUGAUGGCGAAGUUUAUCUGGUCCGUUUUCCUCGUAAUAGUCCUUCAAAUCAUUUAUGUAGACGUGGUUUACACACAAGACCAGUGCAUAGAAGGAGACUGGCACAAAAAGUCGCCCUCGCCUGAAACAGCUGAGUUCAAGACUUGUCAUGCUUUCAAAAGCAGUAGUUGUUGCAACGCAAAGUUCACGGCGGAAUUGAUGGCCAACGAAACCCGUAAUUUGUAUAACCAUUCCUGGCAUCGCUGUGGUACUCUCUCCGCAAAAUGUCAAUCCUUUUGGGUCAAACAGGAAUGUUUUUAUCAGUGUUCUCCCAAAGUUUACCAGUGGAAAAAUCCAAAAAUAAAAGGGGCUCUGAAAGGUGUACCAGUUUGUUCUGGCUUUUGUGAUGCAUGGUUUGAGGCCUGCAAGGAUGAUCAGAUUUGUGUUGAAAAUGUUCUUGACGACUAUAACUUCACCAUACAUCGAGAGAACUACUGUCCCGGGGACAGGGAGUGUGAAUCAUACCAGGCCAUGUAUGGAAAUGGCAAGAACCUUUGUGAGAAGAUGUGGGGAGAGUCGUACAACUACACCCAGCCGAAUGAUAAUUACUCCAACUGUUUGAUGAUGGACCCAUCCAUGACAUAUACGCAAGCCACACCCAAACCAACUGUGAAAGGUAAAGGCAUUACCAGUGUCCCCGACAUUUCUCUGUUGGCUGUCAUCCUCUUUGCUAGGGCUUUUAUACAGUAGUUUGUGUAUUAUUUUUUUACACUCAAAUUUUUCUUUAAGAUAGUCUUUCAGUAAAUUUUCAAAUAUGGUGAAUUUAAAGCUGGUCCAUUAAUUUGAGUGAGCCAUUUAAUGUCAUACCCUUGAUAAAUAGAUUUCAUGUUGGCACUGGCCUCUGCAGUAAUAAAUCACAGGUUACUUCAAAAAUGUGGCAGACAAGGUACAGCCAAGUAUGUCACUGAUGUGUACAGACCCACGAGAACAUAGAACUUAUUUGUCUCAUAGGAUAAAAAAGUAAAACGUUGUUGAUAGUUA